GUGUCGACAAAUCGCAUAGCUUUUGAACAUAUUCGCUAGGCGCUAUGGUGUUUGUGUGCGUUAACGUGUAAAGUCUAUGCAGUCAGCAGCGAAGUCGGCGAAUUUCUGCUGAAUCGAACGUGAUUUUACGGGAAUUAUCUUCAAAAGGACUGUAUUUUUCUUCCUUGGAUUCAAAAUAUUGUGCAAGAGGUCCCUCCAACAAUGGAGGAGACUAAGAUUAUUUAUCAUAUAGACGAUGAAGAUACUCCAUAUCUCGUAAAAUUACCAAUUCCUGCCGCCGAUGUAACACUCGGAGAUUUCAAGAAUGUCCUCAAUCGGCCAAACUAUAAAUUCUUCUUCAAAUCGAUGGACGAUGAUUUUGGAGUUGUAAAAGAAGAAAUAGUUGAUGAUGAAGCCAAAUUACCUUGUUUUAAUGGUCGUGUUGUGUCAUGGCUGGUGCCAGCAGAGGGCAGCACUAACGGGUCAGACACAGCUUCGGUCACAACAGAUACAAGAGGGGACUCACAACUCCCACCAGAGAGGACAGGUGGUAUAGGAGAUUCUAGGCCACCUUCAUUUCAUUCAAGUGGAGGAGGUGUUCAAGAUAAAUUUGACGACACAGACACAUGUACAGAAUCGGAAAGAAGCUCAAGAAGAGGUCACCACCGCAUGAGGAGAGACAAGUACAAUAACUGUGAGUUUUUAUGCUUUGGAUUGAUUUUGUUUUGUUGUUUUUUACCCUCUUCACUUUUCUCCUCUUCUGUCAUUCAGACCCUGUUCAUACAGAUUCAGGUUCCUGUCUGGACGGGUGAAUACCCAUCUGUGGAUUGGUUCUUUUUGGUCCGGUUCAGAUCGGUCCAUUUCACCUGGAUUAGUAUGUCUGUAUGAAUGGGGUCUAAGCUAUUGCGGCACUCACAUCCACCUGUUAACUACACAUUUCACCUUCCUAGACCUUCAUUCAUCUGUUACCAUAGAAACAGUAGACAUCCAUCAUGCUCACUCAUUUCAAGUUGUUCCAAGGAGUGAUACAUAGUAGAUUAAUCUCAAAUAUUAAUAAUCAACGAUUUUCACUUUAGCUUGCAAGCAGCUUUCUGCUUUAUUGGUAUCUCAUCUCUCUAUUUUUUCAGUGCACUUUUUCAGAUUAAAUCGUUUGCAGUGCUUAUAGAGGUAUAUGCCUACAUAUAACCUUUUUUUAUCCUUCACACAAGCAUGUAGCAUUUUUUUUGCUUUAAGCCUCUUUGUCUUUUAGCUUUGGGUGAAUAUCUCUCUCUUCUUCAUCGGAGCCUAUUUAUAAAGUGUAGUGGAUGUAGAUCCCCACUUAGUAACAAGCCUAAUAUCAUAGAAGUUUCUAUCACACAUAUUUGCAGUGUUCAUAUUUUAGAGUAGUUAUUACAAAUCGAGACUGAAAGGUUUUUGUUGGGGGGAUGCAGAUUGAUUCUUAAAAGAUGUCAAUAUUUAGAUCAAUACAUGUACAUGG